AUACUCAUUACAACCUCAGCCACGGCUUAAGAGUCACAAUAAAACUAACUAACAAAAAUAAAACAUUAUGUCAUCAACAGUAUCUAAGAUUUUAUUUAUUUAUGGAAUUCAAUUAUUAUGUUUCGUAGUUUUACUAUGUACCGCAGAAGAGGCUUGUGAAACAAUUCCAACUGAAAUACACAUAACUAAAGAGGAAUAUGACGAUAUGGGAAGAUUAGUGCGAUCGUGCAGUGGUGAGGUCAGCGUUAAUAAGUGUGAGGGUAUGUGCAGUAGUCAAGUGCGACCGUCGAUUUCUGCUCAAACAGGAUUUUCUAAGGAUUGUUUCUGCUGUCGUGAAAAUUACUUGCGGGAGCGUUUGGUUACUCUGACCCAUUGUUACGACCCUGAUGGUGUCAGGCUUGAAGAUGAAGACAGCAUCAUGGAAGUGCGACUGCGUGAACCUGAUGAUUGCAAGUGCUACAAGUGUGGAGAUUAUAGCCGUUAAAAUUGUAUAUAGUUUUCUAUUUUAUGAUGUAACUAAAUAAGGGCCCAUUUUUGUGAGGACUAUCGAAGAACCUAUAACAUUAUGUAUUCUGAUUUAAAUAUUAUAUUUGUAAGUUAAAUAAAAUAAAUGGUCAAGGGUUUUUAAAUAAAUAAGUAGGCUUUAUAGAGUAGUUAAAAAACUUAGUUUUAAGUUACUCCGUGCCUGUGUAUUUUGUAAUAAAUUAUUUAACCUGUCACUUAGUUACGAUUGAUACGAUGUUGAAAUAAAAUAUUUUAAUGAAGUUA